UUUCGUUCAUUCAUAAAUAAAAAAAUCAUUCAUUCAAGUAUAUUCACUUUUUCUUGAAGUGCGGAAAGCAUGUAAAUGUAUGUGAGAAAAUCACAUUUUUUUUUCUUAUGAUUAAGCGCUAAGUCACUCAAGCUUUAAUUUUAUUCGUAAAACGUGAAACAAUGGCAAGUAGCGAGGAACCUACUGGGCCCCUGUCCAAGGAGGAUAUCGAGGCGGCGGAUAGAUGGAAAAAUGAAGCAAAUGAAUACUUUAAAAAACAGAAUUACAAUACCGCAAUUGAAUUGUACUCGAAGGCGAUAGAGAAAAACCCUAAUAAUGCCGUGUACUUUGCAAAUAGAAGUAUAUCUAACUUGCGGUUGGAGAAUUUCGGGUAUGCCCUCACGGAUGCGUCGCGGGCGAUUGAGCUUGAUAGGUCCUACACAAAGGCCUACUACAGGAGGGCCGCGGCACAUAUGUCUCUUGGGAAGUACAAACUAGCACUUAAGGAUUUUGAAUUUGUAACCAAAGUUAGGCCAAAUGAUCAGGAUGCGAAAAUGAAAUAUAAUGAAUGUAACAAAAUUGUGAAAAAGAUUGCAUUUGAAAAGGCCAUCUCCGUAGACAAGAAGGAAGUUAACAUUGCUGACUCCAUCAACCUGGACGCCAUGACCAUUGAGGAUGAAUAUGAAGGCCCGGCUCUGGAAAAUGGCAAGGUGACACUGAAAUUUGUCACUGAACUAAUGGAACAUUAUAAGCAGCAGAAAAAACUUCACAAGAAAUAUGCUUAUAAGAUUCUAAUUGACGUCAAGAGCUAUCUACAAAAACAACCAUCCCUCAUAGACAUAAAAGUAGGAGACGACAAGAAAUUCACAGUCUGCGGUGACAUUCACGGGCAGUACUAUGAUCUAAUGAACAUUUUCAACCUGAACGGGCUACCGUCUGAAACAAAUCCCUAUCUGUUCAAUGGAGACUUUGUGGAUCGGGGGUCUUUCAGUGUGGAGUGUAUCUUCACCCUAUUCAGCUUUAAGCUGCUAUUCCCUGACCACUUUUACAUGUCUAGAGGAAACCACGAGACCCUGGACAUGAACCGCAUGUACGGGUUCCGCGGCGAAGUGACCUCGAAGUACACCUCCCAGAUGGCGGACCUCUUCACCGAGGUGUACAACUGGCUGCCGUUAGCGCACUGCAUCAAUAACAGGGUGCUGGUGAUGCAUGGAGGGUUGUUCUCGAAGGACGAUAUCACGUUGGAUGAUAUCAGGAGAGUGGACAGAAAUAAGCAGCCUCCGGAGGAUGGCAUAAUGUGCGAGCUCCUCUGGUCGGACCCGCAGCCGAUGCUCGGCCGCUCGCCGUCCAAGCGCGGCGUGGGCUGUCAAUUCGGGCCCGACGUGACGGCCAACUUCCUGCAGCGAAACGGGCUGCAGUACAUAAUCCGAAGCCACGAGGUCAAGAACGAUGGCUACGAGCUGGCGCACGAUGAUAAGUGCAUUACCGUCUUCUCUGCGCCUAACUACUGUGAUACAAUGGGUAACCUGGGUGCUUUCAUCACAAUGAACGGCAAAGACCUCAAACCAAACUUCACCACCUACGAGGCAGUGCCUCACCCCGACGUCAAACCGAUGGCGUACGCCAACUCCUUCCUGAGCAUGCUCUGCCAAUGAUGGAACCACGCCGGUUAGCCUCCACACACCGCCAACGCUCACUUACCAGCAUUCAAACAGUAACAUCUUUGUUUAACCCAUUUUUUCUAAGCACAGCCACAUCUGCUUACGAGAUUUAGAUAAUUCAAAUGUAACUCAGCUGAAAUUGAACAUAUUCGGGUCGAGGUAACUCGGAUUUUAACUGUCACGAAUUUACAAUGAUGGUAACAGAUCGGUUACGGAGAAAUUGACCUACGCCCUUAACCAUAAAAUUUUACAAGCCUCGAUUAGUUAAUUUAUGUUUUGUCCCUUUCUUACAAAAUACAUUAGUCAAAGUGACAGAUAAAGACAAACGAUUAAUAGUUAAUUGAGGCUUGUAGCACCUUUAUGAAUACCACUACUAGUAUUUUACUUGAAAAUGCUGUAGACCGCCUUAAACUAUGCUUAACGCGGGUUCCAGUCUUGCGGACUCGUGCUUAACACAUUGACUGCUAGAAACAGUUUCUAAGCAGUGAAAGUGUUAUUAGUGCCACAAACGUCCCUAUCUCGCUGUAAAGCACUCUUCGAUACAAUAAAAUACGCUUUAAUAAAACUCUGGGUUUAAAAUAACGCUCAACUGAAACCGAUAACGCCAUCCAGUGAAAUAUGUUUACAUUGAAGUCUUGUGACGUACGAAAAUCGUUAUUAUUAAGUUAAUUUUCGAAAUUGCUAAUUAUAAAAAGUUUUGUUUCGCAAUAGGGAAUAGGCAAAGCUCUGCGUAGGUGGCACCUUUGUGGCACAUACAGUAAACAAACCACAUUGACACAUCACACGUCACGUCAAUCACAUGGCCUACCGCGAAACAAGAAAAUCGAAAUUUCGGUCUCUAAUCUCUCUAUCACUCUUGCAUAUUCGAGCGAUAAAGAGGCAGAUAACUAAAUUUCGAUUUUCGCGUUUACCGCUAGGCCCUUGUUAACAAACCGCCUUGAUGCAUCAAUGUCAUAUUUUAUUGUCUGUGAAAACUUGUCAAAAAACAGUUUAAGGCACAGUAUGUAUAAGUUAGUCUAUGAAUUUACUGAGUCGGUAGUGCUGCACUCUGGCGGCAGAACAUUGCAGUAAUAUCCCCUAUUGAGAAUAGUUGGACGGCGUUAACGGUCAUAACAAAACUAAAGUUAAAAAUAUAAAUUGUCAAUUCACAUGAAAUUUUUGGCGAGGUGCGUAUACAUAGCUACUUAUGUAGGAGCCUUCUGAAGAUAUUUUUCUAAAUUAGACAUUAUUGAGCGCAUGUUGUGCCUUCAAUGGAAAUGUGACAAUAUAUUGGAUUGGUGCUACUUUUCAUUAUUUAUAAAACACUUAACACUUAAGCCGGAUUGAUAUUUGUCUGACGUGUCGUGAUGUGCUGUGUCGUGACGCAUCCAUUCCAUUUAAUAUGGUUGCGUUCAAAUUUGUCUGACGCAGCGUGCAUCACAGAAAUGACCCCCAAAAACCACACAUUUGUGUUGAGAAAUUAUCACCAUAUUUCCGUUAAUAUUUAACGUGCCGAGGUGCCGUUUACCUUAUACAACGAAAUUAUAAACUAAACAAAGGGAUUUCGUGUAAAACCGUUUUCAUUGAUGGCACAAUGUUUCUGAGCAAAACGAAUAUCUGUAUUUCAUGGUUGUAUCAUCGUGAUUUAAAUAUUAGUAAUUUGGGCUGUACCAAUAGCAUAAUAAAUUCAUCGUCAAAUAGGGGGCAAAUAUUCUUAUAUUCAGAAUAUUUCAGUACAUCUAUUAUUAUUCAUUGGCACAUUCACAGAUAUACAUUUUCCCCAAAUGCAUUUAAAUCGAUUACAAAGCAAUAGUGUAGGUAUUGCAUUAUUCUUAAUAACAUGUAAGGCAUUAUUAAUGUUUAUUUGAUAUUGUUCUCAUUGGCCAUAUGAUUAUUUUGCUUAUGUUCUCAAUUUGUAAAUAUAUUUUUGUUUUUAAAGACAAACCUUGUUCUAGAUUUAUUCAGGUCCAGGUAUUUCCAUGAUCAAGUGUUAAAAUAAAGAGCCAGUGCUUUUUUAGAAUAAAACAUCGAUACCAAAAUACCAGUCGUUGGCACCAAGGUUUUGUAGGAUAGUCUCUACUAUAAUCUUUUGAAGAUGUUUAAAGCACCACUAAUUGGAUGGGCGCCGUCAAUAGGUGAAUUUACCCAAUACGGACAUAGAUUAUUCAAUUAUAAUACCAAAUGCUGCCAUAUGGUACAAUUAUAAUGACACAGCAUAACAAGUAUUAUGUCAUCUCAUAAUUUUUUUCCUAUUGUGAAUUCAACGAAGGUUUUGUCGAAUUUAUUAAGCAGUAUAUAAUUAUCACAUUAGCAAUCUAUAUACACAAUCCUACUUACUGCUGUGCACUUGCCCAACAAAAAAUGUGAUCCAAAAUGUAAAUAUAAUGCCGUAACACGUUGCGCCAUAUUUGCCGAAAUAUUCUUGUUACAUUUCUUUCCUUAACCUUUUGGACGCCAAUGACCGAUAUAUCCGCACCGCAGGUUCAACGCCAAAGACCGAUUAUUCGGUCACAGACCACAGAGCAACAUAGACCUACGUGCAUAUGCAUAAAGUUCAAUUUCGGUUUUGACACUUCGGUGACGUGGCGUCUGAGUGACAGCUUUUGUUUGACACGGCGUCCAAAAGCUUAAUAUCGCAGGCGAAAGUGACAUGGUUACGCAAAUAUAACAUCGGAGUGUGUUGCGGUCAUUUUGUAUUUUGAUCUUAAGAAAGACAAAUACAGCAUUUAUUUUACUAUUUUAAUACUUAUACAGUUUGAAUGACUUUUUAUACUUUCAAAGACCUUAUUGGACUUAAUUCGUGAUAAUAAGCAUUUUGCAGUGUUACGCCAACCAAUGCAUUUCUUCAUACAUUCACUCGUAACGAACAAAAUAGUGUAACCAAUGCAAUAAUGGUUAAAAGACCAAUAAGUUAAGCUAUUACUUAAGUAUAGUGGCAAGAACUUUACAUUAAGGAAGCUUGUGAAUCCACUGCAUUUCCCUAAUUUUUAAUUUACCCUGAUUUCUAAUAUUUAUCGUAUAUCGACUCGAACUUCCGUCUUUCUCGCACUUAUGGAAUAUGCGCUUGUGAAAGGCGGAUGUUUCAUUAUCGAUAAACGGUAAUGUUAGAGGACAAUUUGACAGGUAGAUAGUCGUUUAUUUCGUUCGAAGGAGAACGAUUUAGCAAGUUUUACAAACAGGAACGGGGAUAAUGCGCUUUUUGUGCAGUGUGCGUAGCCAACAUGCCAAUCGCGUACGCUCCUAAACGUUUCGUUAUCGUAGCGCAAGCGGUUGUCGCCUUAGCUAGGCACCCAGGACCUAAAUAAGAUGUCAAUCGUUGACGCCAAAUCGCCAAUCGAAACUUAAAUAAUGUAUAUAUAUAGUCACAUGACUUUUCCUUCUUCUUCGGACAUUUUUUCUUUUCGUUUGGCGGUAGUCGAUGUACGAUUGGCAUCUUGGCUAGCCCCCCAGGAAUGAGUAGUUAGACUGUGGAUUACUUUUUGACCUUUAUGAUUACAAGAGUAGCGUAACGUCAACAUAGUUAAUACAUACUAACUUUCUCUUUUCGCGAAAGUUAAAAAAAUGUCACAAUAAAUAAUGUAAUUAUAAUAAUGAUGUAUUCAAUGGCCAAAGCUCAUUUUAUGUUCAUUGCGUCAUAAAAUAGUAGAAAUUAAAUAAAGUGGAACUAAAAAAAUUCCAUACUAAAUUUUUGCCAUGUUUAAGCAUUUUACGUCACAAAUGUGACAGUUAGGUAGAAAUUGGCGCUCUCAUUUAACGUUCUACUAUUUUGUGUCGCACUGUACAUACAUCUAGAAGUAAUUUAAGUAGUUAACUGGCAACACUUGUCAAAAGGCCUCUCGACAUUGGUCAAUUUCAUCAAUGUUGUCGGUUUUCAUCUCGAAAAUGGUAACUUCUAGCAUUAUGAAACAAAACUGUUGCGUAUGUCGGUAGAUUUUGAAAAUAAGUAUUGGACGUUGCGCUACUGAGACUGCUCUGUAAUGUUAUUUUUUGUUGUCGUACUCGUAUGUAAGUACCUUAUGAAUUUUAUUAAAAACAUUUGUUUCGGUGAUUGACGAUAAAUGUUAAUUUUAUUUACUUAUAUUAUACGGGUUUUAAUUUUCUUUUACAGAAAAUAUAGAGAGGAAAUUAGAAAUUUAUUUAUCCAGUUUUAACGACAGAAUUUUAUAAGUACUUACGUAAAAAAUUGAAUCUAACGAAUAUAAUAGCAUGGCGGACAUUUUUUUGUCUUUCGCCCUUACCACGAAAGUCGGGGUGAAUGUGUCAUUAAAAUUCGUGUAAGCCAACAAUAGUGUCCUUUUCUUUAGUAGUUUACUUGUACUUCAGGUAAAGGUGGUAAUUUUUUCUAAUUCACUUUUUUUCACUUUUACGAACAAAUCGCGACGGGAAGAAGCAAUAUAUAUAGCAAAUUUUAUUAGCUCAAUUAUUGUUUGCAAUCACCAAAACAAAAUCUCGCAGUACAUAGGAAUUUCUGAGGUAGUUCAAUUAUGUUCAUCCUAAUUAACAUAUAUUAUUUUAUUAUGGCGAUGUAGAGGCGAAUGGACGUUCAUUAUUUUUGUCAUGAAUUGAGUUGCCGAGCAUAUCAGACGAUGUAGAUAGGGUUUGGUGUUGAUUUUAAUCAAUAAAUUGUUAAAUUUGUA